AUGCCGAUGAUGUUCGUUGUGAAUACCAACGUGCCCCGGGCCUCGGUGACCGACAGGCUCCUCGCCGAGCUCACGCAGCAGCUGGCGCAGGCCACGGGCAAGCCGGCCCAGUACAUCGCGGUGCACGUGGUACUGGACCAGCUCGUGGCCUUCGGUGGCUCGAGCGAGCCGUGCGAGCUCUGCAGCUUGCACAGCAUGGGCAAGAUUGGGGGCGCGCAGAACCGCACCUACAGCAAGCUGCUGUGCAAUCUCCUGACCGAGCACCUGAGCAUCAGCCCGGAUAGGAGCUACAUCAACUACUACGACAUGGACGCGGCCAAUGUGGGCCGGAACGGCGCCACCUUUGCGUGAGGACCG